GGACAGUAUAUAGUGCAUACAUGUUAUAUAUGAUACCCUCUGUAAUAUAUAUCACAUGUGAUAUGUGACAGACCUCUUUUCAACAAUCUCCCUUUGCCUCAUUUUCAGACUCCAUAGUCUACAAUAUGACGGACCAUGAUGGCUACUGUUAUAUAGGGUACUGCAAUGAAAACUGUCAUAUAGUACUCAAAGACCACCAUCCAUGUCAUAAACCAGGGUGUCCUUUAAACCCUCCAAGAAAGGAUGGUGAAAUUUGGAAGGAGAGUAACUGUCUUGUAGGAAAAUGUGAUAAUGGCAAGGUGACCUAUAACCAUACACAGUACCAGUGUCCAACUCCAAAGCCUGUAGUAUGUGCAAAUAACUUACCUGCUAUUGAAGUGCUGGAUGAUGACGGAUGCUGCUUCCACUAUGAAUGCCAAUGUAUCUGCUAUGGUUGGGGAGACCCCCAUUAUGUCACAUUCGAUGGAACCUACUAUACUUUUCAAGGCAACUGUUCCUACUGGCUGAUGAAGGAGAUAUUGCCCAAAUACAACUUCAGUGUUAUGAUUGAUAACUACUACUGUGGUAAUGCUGAUGGCUUGGCCUGUCCUCAGUCCAUCACUGUCUUCUACAAAAGCUACAUAAUCUUUAUAAUGCAGAAGGAGGUCAAUGGCAUUUACACAAAUCAGGUAAUUACAUGGCACUAUUAUCUUUCUCCGUUUUUAAUUCAAACUCAAAUGUUUAAUUAUCCUGGCAGCAACUGCCUUUUUUGUGCAAAUGCAACCACUGGUUUGGACUCCAUACCUGACAACCCAACUCAUCAAAGUGACGACCAAUUGACCAAGCCUCAGUUUUUGACAGGUUGGGAGUGAGACUGUGUUGUACCUGACCUGAUUCUUAUUUGUAAAACCUGUCCA